AUGCAGGCUGUGCUGGAUGGGGUGACGCUCCCUCUGAAAACCCAGGAGCGCCACCCAGGGAUGAGUUCAUCUCUGAGCCUAACUGCCCAGGUCCUCCAAGAAGCCAGGACUGCCUUGGCACAGUUAAAACUAGCGCCCCAGCUGUGCCAGUUUCUUGAGAGUGAGUUAAUUGCACCCUUUGUUGUGUCUCCUGCUGCAGGGUACCUCCCGGCCUGCCUCGCGUCCUCCGGCUACGCAAGCGAGAAGAAGAAGCCAGGGCUCCAUGUGGCCCCCUCCGGCGCCCUCCAUGUCCCGCUCCAGGAGGACUUCAGCGACCCGGAGAGCCCUCGCUCCAGCCUCUCCUCUCACUACUUCCACGGCGAAGCGGCCGUCACCGAGAGCUACUCCAUGGACGCCUUCUUCAUCACGGACGGGCGCUCGCGGCGACGCAGCGAGGACCAGCGGCGGGGCGGCCACCGCCACUCCUGCAACGAGUGCGGCAAGAGCUACGCCACCUCGUCCAACCUCAGCCGGCACAAGCAGACGCACCGCAGCCUGGACAGCAAGAUGGCCAGGAAGUGCCCGACCUGCAGCAAGGCGUACGUCUCCAUGCCCGCCCUGGCCAUGCACAUCCUGACCCACAACCUCCAGCACAAGUGCGGCGUCUGCGGCAAGGCCUUCAGCCGCCCCUGGCUCUUGCAAGGACACAUGCGCUCCCACACGGGCGAGAAGCCCUUCGGCUGCUCCCACUGCGGGAAGGCCUUUGCCGACCGCUCCAACCUCCGGGCCCACAUGCAGACCCACUCCGCAUUCAAGCACUACAAAUGCAGGCAGUGCGAGAAGACGUUCGCCCUCAAGUCGUACCUCAACAAGCACUGCGAGUCGGCCUGCUUCAAGGGGGCCGAGCACAGCUGCGAAAGGGAGAACUGAGGCACCGUCUUUGCCGGGCCAAGGGAAGGCAGAGAAGAGGCGCACUUACAGCCUUCAGGGAACUAAGGUGAAGAAGGGGGACUUUUUAAAAAGGCAAGAAGCCCAGCCUCCAAGGAGC